AUUUAUUUCCAUUAUUUGUAUAUUUUGUCCACCAUGUAUAUAAGUGACAAAGUGUGAUGGUUUAAAUAGCUCUGAGUGGUGGGAAACCUUCUGAAGUUAUCCGAGUUGCGCAAAUUGAGUAUGAUCUACCAUCGAGCAAGUAGUAGAUACCAACAAAUAGGUUAACUGCAUUGGUAGCACUGUAUGAAUAGUAAGCACAUCCAAACCUUUACAGAUGAUAGGCUACGUCACCAAGUAGUUUAUACGAGGCGUUUGGUUACAUAUUUUUCUAUUUCGACUAGUGGUUUUUAAAUUAUAACAUUAGCUUUGAUGUUUUGUAUUUCUUCAAAUCAAGUGACUUAAAAAGUUUCCUCACUAAAAAUGGGAUCUUCCCACAGUAUUGAAAUACCAGGAGGUGGUACAGAAGGUUACCAUGUAUUAAGGGUACAGGAUGGUUCCCCGGGUCAAAAAGCUGGUCUCGAAGCAUUCUUUGAUUUUAUUGUAGCCAUUGGAAAUACUCGUUUGGAUCAAGAUAAUGACACAUUAAAAGAACUUCUUAAAAACAGUGUGGAUAGCAAAUUAUCUAUGACUGUUUAUAGUAGUAAAACACAAUCUGUAAGACGAACUGUUAUAGUACCUAGUCUUACCUGGGGUGGACAAGGUCUUCUUGGUAUUAGUGUACGAUUUUGUUCUUUUGAAGGUUCAAAUGAAAAUGUUUGGCAUGUUCUUGAGGUGCACCCAUCUUCUCCUGCUGAGUUAGCAGGAUUAAGGCCAUUUACAGAUUAUAUUAUUGGUGCUGAUUCAGUUCUACACGAAUCUGAGGAUUUAUUUACUUUAAUUGAAGCUCAUGAAUCUAGAUCUCUUAAAUUAUAUGUAUAUAACACAGAAGAUGAUUCUUGCAGAGAAGUUACAAUUGUACCUAAUCAUAAUUGGGGAGGAGAAGGAAGUUUGGGUUGUGGAAUUGGUUAUGGUUAUCUGCAUAGAAUACCCAUUAGAAAUGUUCAGGAACAUAAACCUAACAAUUCAUACAUGAGUAAUGUUAUAUCAAGUAAUCAAUUAGUAUCUAGUCAAGUUACACCAACAAGUGUCACUUACUCUGGAGGAAGUAAUGUUGUUACAAGUAUACCUCCAGGUUUCUCUAUUCCACCAAAUUACAUUUCAACUCAAGAAUGUGCAACAAAAUCAGAACUUGAAACCACUGUUCCAUUGCAAACUACAUAUACAUCAAGUACCCAAACAUACACAUCUCCUCAGUUGAAUCCUACUACAGUUGGAGGAUCUACUACUACUAAUUCUGUACCUGAUGUAUCUAACCCAAGUAGUAUAAAUACUACAUAUGGUAACGAUUCUCUGUCUUAUCAAAAUACAAUGCCAAAUAUACCUGGUAUGCCGACUACGCCACCUUUACCAACUUUUACUACUACUAACCCGACGUCUUUGAAUGAAACAACUGGCAUUGCUGGAAUGUCAAAAGAUUAUACAACCGUACAAGGCGGAAUUUCACCUGCAGUACAGUUCAAUGUGCCUCAGUCUAAUGUAGUAACAAUACCGAUUUCGUUACCUGGUAUGCCGCCAAUUACCGUUAGUGCAGGUCUACCACAAAAUACAUCUUUCUAUUCGUCUGUUCUUCAGCAAAAUGAAUUGACUAAUGUUAGUACAGUUCCCACGUCUACGGUAUCAUCAACACAGUAAUGAGUAUAUUAUUACUGAAUAAAUAUCUGUUAUCUUUUAUAACAAAAUACAUACUAAAGAAUAAAAGUAAAACAAAGGUGUGAUACAAACACCACAAACAUACUAUAUUA